GCUACGAAAGGGGGAAUCAUUGUGAGAGCACAAACGGCUGCAAGCUCAGAGCUGCAUGCUUAUAAUAUAUCAUAAGUGUGUCGGUGGAUGUACCAAGUGCAGUGCAGAUUUCCUGCCACCUCACCCACACGGUUUCUCAUUGUGUAGUGUAGUGUGUCGCAAAAGGGUAGAUGAUGUAUGAGCGGUCUUGGUAGGGUGUUGCAGUUGUGGUAAUAGUGUAGAAAUGGAAGAAGAUCAAGUGCCAAACCAGGUUUCCUCUCAAGCCACAGAUGUGAAAAAGGUCCCAUACAAAUCUGAAACCAAGCGAUACAGUGAGAUCUUCAGAGAUUUUGAUAAUCUUGAUUUAUCUUUAGUCUCGUCUGCAGAGGAGGAUCUACUGGCAGACAUUGAAUCGCAGUCCAUCUCAGAAUCCAUCACUCCAGAACAUGCAGAGCUCAGAGACCAACAUGACGUGUCUAGUGAAGAUGCCUUUUGUCCGCAGAGUCGCUCCGAAGCCAGUGAACAAGAUGGAAACCCAUCAGCCCAGGACGCAGACCUGGCCCUCUGUCGCUGUGAGGAUGGCGUGGAGACGGCCUUGCAGUACGCCAAGAUGUGGUGCCGCUAUGCCAAAGACAUACUUGCUUGGAUGGAGAAGAGAAUCACUUUAGAACAAGAAUUUGCAAAAAAUGUCAUAAAGACAGCCGAAGGAGCAAAAGCCAAUGUGACACAGCAGGAGAUGAUGCCUUUGCAGUAUAUCUACACCAUGGCGCUAGAGCAAGACGUCAAGAACAGUGUGAACUCGAAAAAGACUUCUGAACUGCUACAUAACCGCUGUUACCAAGCCUUGGCUGCCAAGAAGAAUGAGAUCGACAAGUGGCGCAGAGAGUUUAAGGAGCAGUGGACAAAAGAACAGAGGAGGAUGAACGAAGCAGUGACGGCUUUUAAAAAGGCUCGGCUUCUGUACUUCCAACGCUGUGAUGAGCUAGAAAAGGCUAAAGCUGUCAAGGCUAAAGCUGUGGACGACACUGUUGGAAUCAAAACACUGGAUAAGAGGAGGAAGUCUAAAGAUGAAGCUCAGACUAAGGUGUUUGAGGCAGAGCUUCUGUACAGACAGUGUGCAAGUGAUGCCCAGAUCCACCAAGAUGAGUUGGUGAGGGUCAAAGAGAGAAUCAUUUCUCACAUUCGCAAGCUCAUCUGUCAGGGAGACACUGUGCUCAAGGAGGCCACAGUCAACAUGUUUUACUACCAGCGGCAGCAGACGGAGCCUGUUCCCCUCGGCUACCACAACCUGGAGCUCACCUGCAGGUCCCUGGAGCCUGGCGAGCCCUACAUGCUCUACAUCCUCAGCAAGCGCCGUCUCGAGCAACCUCUGCAAGUCUUUACCUUUCAGGAGUAUGUUCCUCAGGGCAAAGGGAACAAACGAAAAACCAGCAAUCCUCUCAGUUCCCUGCUGGACUCUUCACCUGUGACAGAUGACAGCUCUUACAGAAGAUACAGUGAUGGCAGGAAAUCGGGGUACAGUGACAGUGAGAGUUUUGGGGGUAGUUUGGAAUCCCUGUCCAGCCCUGCUCACAGUAAUAGGAGGCUACCGAAAACCGCAUCCACCUUAACGGUGUCAUCGGACGACCUGGACGAGCGGGAUAUGGCAUCAGAAUCAGAGUACAUUGAUGUGCAACAAGUCAAAGUGCGCACGCUUUCGCGAGCUGCACUGACACACCGACUCAGGAAGAUGAAGAGCAAGAUGGUCAAAUGCAAGCAGUGUGACAACUACAUUGUUGUCACUGGGGUUGAAUGUGAGGAGUGCGGGGUGGCUUUGCACAGGAAGUGCAUGGAGGUGUGCCAGCUAGAGUGUGAGCACAGGAAAGGGACUGUGUUCGGAGUGGACCUCUCUCUGCUGCCACGUGACAGGCCAGAUGAGGUGCCCUUCGUGGUGCUGCACUGCACAUCUGAGAUCGAGAGCCGUGCUCUCACGGUCCAGGGGGUGUACCGUGUGAGUGGAUCCAAGCCUCGCAUCCUGAAGCUCUGUCAAGCCUUUGAGACGCAAAAGGAGCAGGUGGACCUCUCUGACCUCUCACCUCAUGACAUCACCUCCAUCCUUAAGCACUUCUUCAAGGAGCUCCCGGAGCCCUUACUAACCUUUGACCUGUACAAUGACUUCAUUGCUGUGGGAAAGACAAUUCAGCACCUGAGUGAAACGGAGCAGGCACCAGACACUAAUGAUAUAAACAGCAUCAUUCACAACCUCCAGAUGCUACUACAGAAACUUCCCCCAUAUUGUUACAGCACUUUGCAGCAUGUGAUGUCCCACCUUCAUACAGUUUCAGAAAACUACGAGAACAAGAUGUCGCCUGGCAAUCUUGGUAUUGUGUUCGGCCCAACACUAUUGCGCCCUCUUGUGUCUACAGACGUGUCAAUGAUUGCCCUGCAGGAGACCAGUUACCAGGCGGUGCUUGUUGAGUUUCUCAUCACACACCAUGACACCAUUUUUGGCCUUCAGCAGAGGCCCAGUACGCCCCCUCCCCCAGUCCCCACUGCGCCUCUUCCAGUCACCCCUCCAAGAGCUUCCUGUCCCCUGGUUGGAGACGUUUACAGCAGCCCAGAACAUGAACAUGAAAACUCCUCCAGAGAGCGGCCACACUCACUCGAAAGUCGAACAAUCAAGAGAGAGUCAAGCGAGGGUUAUAUAUCUGACAAGUCUUCAUCCAAUGAGGCAGUGGACCAGCUCAGCGCUGAAGCCAAUGAGAGAGCAGUCCUGGCUAUAAGAGGGGGCUCGACUUGUUAUCAGAGUGAGCCGGUGGGAGAACCAGACUCUGAUUUGGGGGCCCAGCAAUGCUAUCGCUUCACAAGGCAACCUGUGAAGUAUUACCGGCACCAUAACCCAGGAACACGACUCUCCAACCCUGGGGGUCGUGCAGCCAGACAACCUGCAGCCCCAGUGAGGAGUGAUCCAGGAAGUGCUGACAGCAGCCCCAGCUCUUCUCCAGAGCAUGCCCCACAGAGACUUCCCCGAAAGGUCCACUUUGAGAACACUCUCCUUCCCCUCCACUCCACCAUGGACGCAGAGAGUAAAGUGGAUGUCCCGCUAAGCCCCCGCGAGGUUGCGCAGUACAUGUUGGGACUGGACUCAACAUUUUCAUCAACUGUAACGGUGACAUCACUUGGUACAACACAGGCGGCCUCUCAGGAGGAAGCAGCAGAGUGUCAAGCUGAUCUGAAUACAAAUCUGUCCAAUAACAGACAGAGCGCUGCACAGAGUCAGGCUCGGUGUCACUCACCACCAAAGACACCUCUUACUGAGUACAACCUGACUGCACCAGCCCAGAAGAUCCUGUCCGGUUUGAAGCUGAGACGCUGCCACUCGGGAAAAGAUGAGCAGCUCUUUGUCUGAGGAAAAAUAGAAAAUCUACAGACAGUUCCCAUGCAUACUGGAGAUCCGUAAUAUCACUGUUGUUGUGUGUAAUGACUUUUACUCGCAUCAAAAUUCAUGCAUUUAUCAAGAAUAAAUUGCUCCUACAUUUAACGCACAAAUAUCUGAAGUUUAACUGUCUACAGAAAGUUACCAAACUCACAUUUGGGUCACUGGAACCCAGUUGAAAAGUUCAGGUAUGAUGCUCACCGGGAUGCCACAACCUUAUUCCCAUCAACCCUCUAUAAGAUUUUGAUCUGUUGACCAUCCAGCUGUCUAAAACCCACAAGGACACAAGAUGCAAACUGGCACAUAUGUUUCUAGAUCUUCCUGGUUUUGUCCCAAACACACAACAAUGUAAAUCUGCAAAAUCCAAAUACCAUCAAGUGUUUGUGUUCUAUUUUUUACGGUUAUUUUUUUUUAUCUACUUGAGCUUUUAAAUGUUUUAUGGGCUCCAUAUGAACAUUUUUUAUAGGGCGUAAACAAAGAUAUACUGAGUGUUUCAUAAUAGUCAAGUUAUCUUUACAUUUUUUUGUUUUGUUUUAUGCACCUUUCCUGUUUCAGCACAAGGGGGCACACUUCUCCCAGUGUGAGGAGAAAAUAUGCCUAACACAAGAGCCGAGGAGCAAUAAACCAUUUAUUUUUAAUUACAA